CUUUUCAAAGUUAAAGAAUAACCAAAUGACAUUAGGUUUAAAGCUAGGUUAGUGGCAAAAGGUUUCACUCAAAAGGAAGGGGUAGACUAUGCUGAAAUUUUUGCUCCAGUAGUAAAAUUCACAACAAUUAGGAUGAUGCUUGCCCUAGUUGCCCAUAAUGACUGGGAGAUGAAGCAGAUGGAUGUUACCACUGCUUUCCUUCAUGGUGAACUAGAUAAACAGAUUUUCAUGAGCCAACCUGAGGGUUUUAUUGACCCUAAGUACCCCAGACAUGUCUGUCUACUUAGGAAGGCCCUCUAUGGCCUGAAACAGUCUCCCAGACAAUGGAAUAUCAAGUUUGACCAGUGUAUGUCUUCCCUGAGUUUCAAAAGGUCUGAUUCUGACCCUUGUUUGUAUUUUAAGAAUACUGCUGCUGUACCUGUUUUCUUGUUAAUCUAUGUUGAUGACAUGCUUAUCAUUAGCCCCUCUGUGAAUGCUAUUAAGAUAGUUCAAAAGUGCCUUUGUGAAAACUUUGCUAUGAAAGAUCUUGGAGAUGCUAAGAGAAUCCUAGGGAUUAAUAUUCUUAGGGAUAGGAGUAGGUGUACCCUUACCCUGAACCAAACCUCCUAUCUUGAAAAGGUCUUGAAAAAGUUCAAAAUUGACUCUGCCCAACCUGUGAAUAUUCCCUUAGCACCCCAUUUUGUGCUAAGCAAGGAUCAGUCCCCAAGGACUGCUCCUGAGAUAGAUAGGAUGAAGGCUGUACCCUAUUCCAGUGCUAUAGGGUCAGUCAUGUAUCUCAUGGUAAGCACAAGGCCUGAUAUAGCCUAUGAUGUUAGUUGCUUAAGUAGAUAUAUGGCAAACCCUGGUAUGUCUCACUGGACUGCCCUUAAAUGGCUCCUUAGAUACCUUAGGGGUACACCUUCUCAUGGUCUUGUUUUUUCUAAAACUGAAACUGGCAUUUUACUUACUGGCUAUGUUGACUCCAAUUAUGCAAAUGAUAGGGACAAUAGAAAGUCUACUACUUCCUACAUUUUUACUCUUUGUGGUUCCUGCAUAAGUUGGAAAUCUCAACUUCAACCUAUUGUUGCACUGUCCACUACUGAAUCUGAAUACGUGGCAGCCACUGAGGCCUUUAAAGAGGCUAUUUGGCUUAAACGAAUGCUAACUGAAAUUGGUUUUCUUAAGCAGGUUGUGACAGUGUACUCUGAUAGUCAGUCUGCUAUCCAAUUAUGCAAGAAUCCUGUAUUCCAUGACAGGACCAAGCAUAUUGAUGUCAGGUUCCAUUUUAUUAGGAAUAUUGUGGAUGCAGGUUGGAUAAAGCUGUCCAAGAUACCUUCAGAAUUGAACCCUGCAGAUAUGGGGACUAAAUGUCUCAAUUUUGAAAAACUUUUGUCUUGUAAACGAACUCUUAAUUUAGACUGUGGCUAGAUAAGAACAGAUACAAAACCGGCGAUGAUGAUACUCCCAUUCACGUUGUGCUCUACACCACCAGGGGGACCAAUAAGGUGGAGAUUGUGAGUUGGUAUUGGUCCACCUCACUGGCCCAAGGUCCAUCCCAUUUAAUGACCUGUCUGCUAAUCUUAUCCUCCUGGCCCGCUUGGGCUGUCCGCCUGACUUAGCCCGCUUGCCUUCCUUUGUCUUUGCCCAAGCCCAUGUCUCUGUGGCCCUUACCUUAUAUUGUCCGUUCCUUCUGGAAUCCACUAUUUGAUCGUCCCCUUCCUCUCUCUAUCCGAUGAGAGGUCUUUCCGGUUACCCCAGUUCUAGAGUGAGAGAGUGCUGGUAUCAUCUAGGGUUUGAGCUCCGGCUACCCUCCGGUGAUACCUUUGGGGUCCUUCUGUGGGCUUCACUCUGUACUGGUAGUCUUGUGGGGGGUUUUCUUCUCCGGUGGGUUUUCUCUGGGCAGUCUGGUUUGGGAGGGUUGGGCACUAUACUGAGUGUUUGAGACUAGAUGCCCUCUGGUCUUCCCUUGUUGACUCCUUGGUGGUGAAUGGUGAGCUAGCCCUUGGGCUAUGGUGAUUGAGGUCUGAGCCGGUCCAGUAACUCUACAUGCAUAAUGCUAUCAAUAUUUCUAGCCUAUAAAGAAAUGUUACUAAAUUGAAGUUGUAACUAUAUAAAAAUCACAUAAAAUAGCAUAUUUCAGUGUUCAGUGUCGAUCGGUGUGUCAUUAAGUCAUGUAUACUUUGACAUUAAAAGAGUGCUUAUAGCCAACAAAUUCAAAUUCU